UGUGUGCGCCAUUUAUGUAACUUUCUACUCCAUUAAGUCUAGAUAUAAAAAUUAUUUGACGUUAAAUUAAUUUAUAUGAAUUUAUUUGCUGUUUUUAUAAAAAGGAACACUUGUAUAGCAAAUUUUCUGUGAAAAAGGUUUUUUGUGUUACCGACUGUGACUAAACUUUGCAAAAUAUAACAUAAAUUAAAAAUUUACGUCAUUCAUGGCAAGACACAACGUUUAUUGCUGUCACUGUUUUCCUCCUUUUAGCUUUUAGUUGCCUUUUGGCUGGCUCUUUCUCCUUAGGCUCUGGGUUUCCCAGUUCCCACACACAUUCUUUUGCUAGAAUCGAAUGAAUUUUUAUUAUUUACUCCAUUAGGUAUAUAUAUCCAAUAUUGAUAUAGGGUUGAAUUAGGGAGACGACAAGAUACAAAGAUAUGGCGUCUUCACUGAGAAGAGGAGUUGUUAAUGUGGAGAAAAUCUGGAAACAUACUGGUCAAAAGGUGCUGGCUGCCGGCUGGCUGCCGCAGGCCCAGCAGCGCCGCCACCUCAACGUCCACGAGCACGUCAGCUUCGGCCUGCUGCGCGGCGCCGGCGUGCCGGUGCCCGACUUUUACGUGUGCCACACGGCGGCCGAGGCCGGCGAGAAGACCGCCCAGCUGGCCUCCACCGACUCGGUGGUCAAGGCCCAGGUGCUCACCGGCGGCCGCGGCAAGGGCGUCUGGAAGAACGGCUUCCGCGGCGGCGUCAAGCUCGUCUUCACGCCUGAAGAGGCCGAGGAGGCCGCCUCCAAGAUGAUCGGACACAAGCUGGUCACCAAGCAGACGGGUGACAGGGGACAGAUCUGCAACAAGGUCCUCGUCUGCGAGCGCAAAUUCCCCCGCAAAGAGUUCUACGUGGCCGUGAUGCUGGAGCGGGCGUUCGCCGGCCCGGUCAUCAUCGCCUCCAACCAGGGCGGCGUCAACAUCGAGGAGGUGGCCGCCGUCGACCCCGGCGCCAUCCACAAGGAGCCCGUCGACAUCUUUGAAGGUUUGACGGACGAGAAGGCGGCGCGGAUUGUGGACGCCAUCGGCCUCUCCAGCCGCAAGGCCGAGACGGUCGACAUCCUCAAACGCAUCUUCAACCUCUUCAUCAGCACCGACGCCAGCAUGAUCGAGAUCAACCCGCUGGCCGAGGACACGUUCGGCUCCAAGCCCGGCGAUCCAGGGAAACUGUUCUGUCUGGACGCCAAGAUGCGUUUCGACGACAACGCCGAGUUCCGUCAGCCGGAGAUUUUCGCCGAGCGCGACUGGUCCCAGGAGGACCCGCGCGAGGUGGAGGCGGCCCAGUACAACCUCAACUACAUCGCCCUGGAGGGUAACAUCGGCUGCCUGGUGAACGGCGCCGGCCUGGCCAUGGCCACCAUGGACAUUAUCAAGCUGAACGGCGGCGACCCGGCCAACUUCCUGGACGUCGGCGGCGGCGCCACCGCCGAGCAAGUCAAGGAGGCCUUCAAGAUCAUCACCGACGACCCGCAGGUGCACGCCAUCCUGGUGAACAUUUUCGGCGGCAUCAUGCGGUGUGACGUGAUCGCCGAGGGCGUGAUAGCCGCCGCCCAGGAGCUGAACCUGAAGGUGCCGAUCGUCUGCCGACUGCAGGGCACAAACGUGGAGGAUGCCAAGGCGCUGAUCGCCGCGUCCGGCCUGCGCAUCAUUGCCGUGGACAACCUGGACGAGGCGGCGCGGAUGGCCGUCAAGCUGUCGUCCAUCGUCACCCUGGCCAAGUCGGCAAAGCUGGACGUCAAGUUCGAGAUCCCCUACUGAGGGGCUGCGUGCGGCCGCCGCGCGCUGUUGUUGGUGCUGUAAGUUAUGCUGUGUGAGCCGUGUCGUGCGCCGCCGGCCGCGGCCGGUCUGUGCCGGGCCCGCCGCGCGCCCAGGCCGGCCCCAGUCGGCUGCCGUUACCCCGUGUUGAGAGUGAGGUCGAACAAUGGAUCCGUGCUGCCAGACGA